GGCUUUAUGGACUAGCUUCCAGUGCUCCUAUAAGAAUAAAUUAGAAGAAGAAGACGUCGGGAACGCCGAGAAGACAUAAUUUAUGUUGUAGGACAGUAAUUGGAUCAUUUGAGUGUUAUUCUUCUGCACAAAAAGAUGGCUGCACUAAACCACAAUAUAAACAUCGUAAAUUUGCCAGAUGUAGUCUUGGAGAAAAUUUUAAGAUUCAUGACAUAUGAUGAAAUUGCAAAAACUAGAAUUGUGUGCCAACGAUUUAAUGCAGUCUGCCAAAAUCUUCUCAACAGAGGCUUUGCCCAAGCUGUACACUUCCAUGCAAAAUGCUUCAAGGAGGUCAAGAGCCAGUUGCCGCGUCGGGAAUCUAAGCGUUCGAAUCACCCACUGGCUCACCACAACAACAUCCUGAAUGCCAUUGAAACGCGUCUCUCCCUCCUCAAGAUGACGUACUGUAAAUACGUCCAGUACAAUGUCUGCUGCUUCAUCCCUGGCAAAGUAAUAGACGAGCUGUUUCGUGUACUCAACCUGGUGAAUGGAACUCAAGGGAGUCCCAUCCCACACGAGAUCCUGACCGAAUUGCGCGAUAUCUCGAGCAUGGCCAUGGACUAUUUCGAGGAGAAGAUUGUGCCAAACUUGCAGAAGACUUUAUCUUCUCAGAAGCAACUCUCAGCAUGCUCCUCUUCUGUGGUUCCUGAUGCCCAAAGCUCUCACCGUAGCGGACAUGCAAGCAGUUCUCCGUGUGGGGAGGCUGGUAGCAGUCAGGACGGUGUAGACAGGUCCAGUCUCAGCUCUUACAUCACGGGCGGUGGAUCAUACUUCUCGUUCACGGACAACCUCCUGGAUCUGGAGAUGCGGUCUGCCUUUGACAUUCUGACUGCUCCGAGCCGCAAUGCAGAGCCUGCAGGGUUCAACAGCGGCUCCAUGAUGCUGGUGCCGGUGCCGGCCGAGACCCUGAAGGCCCUCGUGGCAGCUCUUAAGGAGACCAAGGCCAAAAAGAACAAACUCGAACGCUCCCUCUCGCUCCUCCAGACCAAAGUUGUGGAGGUGAGCAGGAAGCUGCGGGAUCAGGAACGCACCAUCUCUGAGCAGUCGCGGCUGCUGACCGAACACUGCGUCCGCUUCACGCAUCACAACGCGCGCAUCAACGAGAUCGUAAACUGCAGCGUGCGAGCUGAGGUUUUGGAUUUGGAGGCGGCCAGCGCCUCGCUGCUGGGCUUGCGCGACAGCAGCUCUCCGGAAGAAUCUCUGUGUGGGGACGACGAUUUAAAUCCUCUACAUGGGAAAAAAGUCCAUUGCGAUGAGGGUUCCUUGGCAGACAAUCCUCAAAAGGAUACCAGCCUAGUGGAGAACAAGUCGGGCACCUCUAGCAUCAAGAGGGACAGAAGCGCAGGCGUCGAGGAUCUGUUUGGAGCAUUCGAUGAGGAGAACAUGAAGAAGAAACCCAGAACAUUAAACUAUCAACCAUCGGGAGGCAGCAAACAUCACCGAGAAAUAGAAGACCUUGGGCCUGGUCACCUGCAGGCGGGACCUUCUAAUGCCGGAGAGAGAAAUUUCUCUCAAAAUGCCGCCGAAUCUGAAGGCAAUCUAGGGGAGGGCGAAAAACGGAAUUCUAAUCAUUUCGAUCGUAGAAAUAUCAUAGAAGACCUUCCUAUUGCCUCAACGAGCAAACAAUAUCUUGAAACCAAAAUGAGUAUAGACGACAAAAUUAUUACUAAGCAACAAUUCGAGGCUGUUGAGGAUUCAGAUGUUGAUGGUAUCUCAUGUGGCGAGAAAGCUCCCCACGAAUCGAUCCUUGUUGAAACUAACUAUAAACGUAUGGACUCAGAUAUUUCAAGCAGCUCUGCAAACUUUUCCUUUGGUGGAGCCAGUAUUCCCAAAGAUGAAUCGCAAAGCAACUCGAGUGUGCCCACGUCCACCGCUCUUAAUACCGCCGCAUGUGACACCGAACAAAUUUCUAGUCAAUCCACUGACAAAAAAGCUUUCCUUUGCAAAGCCUCGAAUGCCGCCCUUCCAUCUACCUCUAGUUCACUAGUUCAUGAUGGUACAUCUCCUGCAUCUUCUUCGUUUUUAUGUAUGUCUACGAUCUCAACAUCUACCUCAUCGCGGCGAGAUGCGUCAAGACCUUCUUCUUUACCUGCGUCCUGCAAACUCCUGCGGGCGGGCCACAGCCGAAGAAACGAUCGUUGUUCUGGACUCCUGAGAAAAGAAGCUCAGAGGCGCAGAGGUUGUCUUUCAUCAGACACGGGACCUCGGCGACAAGUGGCGCUACUGAAGCAGAUCUUGAAGCAGCAGCGAAGCCUCAAGAGACUCAACGCGUCAUUUAACUCGUCUAGGACAAGUGUGAACUUCGAUGGACCAUCUUACUCCACAACUCGUACGCCUUUGGUAAUGCAGCCUCCCAUUCUUCGAACGCCCGACGGCAGAAUUAUCCUCAUCAGAGACACGCAGAAGACACCAAAUCUUAUGGAAACUUCCGCAUCUCCUCGUAGCGAAGAUGCGAGCUUCCGCGACGCCCCUGGAGACCUGCAGUCGCAGGAGCAGGCCUGUGCCCUGCCAGCCUACGCUCCUUCUGGCACAUGUUCAAGUGGGACGCCCAACGACACUCCUAGAACCCCGAGAAAAGGAUUUUUCUCCGGCUUAGGAAAUCCAAGUUGUGGCAGUUCCAAGGACCUAAGCGCCAGAGGUUCUACGCGAGCACUCAUGUCUCGAGAUUCUCUAGGCUCUCCUCUGCAUCUUUCUUCACCUAGUUUAGUGCGAUCUGCUUCAUUAGUCAACAGUCCUUCAUCUAGUCUUGCGUCAGCCAACAGCUGCUCGACUCCUUAUUCCUCCAGCCUCCUAAGCUCUUCACUCCGUUCAUCGAAUUUAGCGUCACCACCGGCUCGAAAUUUGUUGUCAUCUUCUCAUCAAUCUUCGAAUAAGAUGCCAGACAGUGCCUUGUGUCGUGAGCUGGGCGCGGCGGUGCAGGCGAGUCUGGAGUUGCGUCGCCUGCGCCUGCGUCGACUCUUGACUCGCUUGCGUGAACAACCAACGCGAAGCGGUCGCCUUGCAUCACCACGCAUCAGUAACAAACUGCCGGGUCUAAAUCUCGUGGAUGAUGCGGCACUUGCCGGAGAACUUCAAAGAGAUGAAGGAAACGGUGAAAAUCUCCCGAGUGAUCGAGAACCUAGUCUAGAAGCGCUGGACGCUAAAGAAAAGAGUCAAUCACCCUAGAGCAAUUAUGAUUUUGCUGAUAGCUUCUCUGCAGCGAUGAACGGCGUCACAAAUUUUUGAACUGCUGAAGAAAGCAGCAUUAGAAAGACGUCGUCGCGAGACUGAGGCAAGCGUGCAAAUGUUGACACUUUCAAGGAACAUAUUUAAAUGGCAGAAAUCUGGGCAUUUGAAUGAAACGUUCUACAGGCUUAGAGUGACGCUAAAAUGAGAAUGUCAAUGCAUAGACAUUCAUAUUAAGACGGCGCACAAGGCUCCCUUGUAUUUUCCUCUAGCUACAAUCAUGGAACAUAGUUGAGCGACCACCAAAAAUUUGAUGGAUGCUAAUGAGCGCGCUUAUUAUUAGGGGGAUGUAAAUAUAAACUUCAAUACCCCUUGCAGGUAAGUUAUAAUGCUAUGAAUGUUGACAAGAGCGUUAAGUUUCAGAAAAUAUGUGUUGAGUGUGACGCUAAUGUGACCCAGAUUUAUGCUACUUCAAUGAUACGUUGCUUGAAAAUGUAUAAAACAGCACUGCUUGCACUAGUCGCGCGACAUCGUCUUUCUAAUGCUUAGCUUUCUUCUGCUUUAUCGCACGUGCUCUCGAUUUGCUUAAUUCACGUAAUAAUUAUUUAAUCAAAUCUUUUUGUUUGGGAAUCAAUCUUCGCAAAGAAUUAAAUUUGUUUGAGGUAAUUGCAUCAGUUUUGAAAAGGCAGAUGUUUCUUCUAUAUGUCAGAAAAGCGAGGGCGUGCAAGCUUUCUUACUUACGAGUGAAUAUUUUCUGACGCCGCUGUCGAGAAAAAGGUUUCCUCUUCACGAAUCUCUUGGCAACUCGAGUGUCACGUUCAUUUUAUUUACUAAGCACAACAAGUUGAGACUUUCUUAUUUAGGUAUAAAGUCUACAGCAUAAUUUCUGUCUGUACCAACCGACGACAAACGUGUUCCCCGAUGUUAUAUUUAGAUCUCUUGACAGAUAUUUUGCGUGCUUACAUUUUCGUUGAUAUAUCCGGAACCUCAAUGUGUAUGUGAUUGCUUUUUGCUUUCAUGUGUCUUUUUCUCAUUUCUGCUUCGGAUGGUGUCUGCAACCUGUUUAUUAAUGAAAAAUGCUAAAUAUUUUCAUCCAGAAUACUGGCAUUAAUU